AUGCGAGGUUUCGUCGCUGCAUGGACCGUCGCGGCCGUCGUCGCCAGCGAGUACCCGUCGUAUACGCUUCCGUCGGUCGACAUCAACGCACCGAGCGGUCUCGUGGCCCUUCUUCAAGCCAACGGCAUUGCCGCCAUCCGCAACAUCCCGCAGUUUGCGUCGACCCGCCAGGCCUACAUGGCUUCGGCCGCCGCUUGCCUCUCGUCGCCGGUGCCGCUCGCCGACCGCCUCUACAAGCAGCUCCGGGAUCUCACAGAGAAACAGACAUUUAGCACCAGUGUCCACGACGGCGUUUCCGAGGCGCUUCGAGCGCAGUGCCCGACGUACGCAGCUGCGUACGAUGCCUACAGUACGCUCUUGGACGCAACCGCGCGCACGGUGGCCGUGGCCCUCGAUGCGAAUGCGACGGCGGCAGCGACGCCCCUUGCUGCCGUUGUCGCGGAUGGCAAGCACCUCGACCACUUUCACGGCUACGCCAACCCAUCGACCAACCAGACGAUUUCAAAGAAUGAUGACGAUUUGUCCCUCGAGAUGCACACGGACAACGGUCUCUUCUUGCUCACGUCGGCGCCUCUCUUUUACGAUCGCCAACCGGACGGCUCGGUCGUUGCGAUUCCGGACCCGAACCCUGACGCAGGUCUCGUGAUCGAACUCGCGGCCGAACACAAUCGACGCGUCCGGCCGGUGCUACGCGACGACGAGCUUGUCAUCAUGGUCGGCCAGGGCUUGCGCGACUGGGGCAACUUUGGCCAUGCGUUUCCCGCCGUCCUUCAUGGGAUGAUUAUGCCGCGCAAUGCGCCGUCGUCGGUGCUGCGCGGUUUCUCGGGGCGCAUGCUGCUGCUUCAGGGCCACGUGGAGAUGGCCAACACGGGCAUGACGUUUGAUGCGUAUGGCCAAUCGAUCGCGCGCCACUUGCGCAACGAAGACAGCGGCAUUGCGUCGUUGGCGUGCCCCAUCGGUCGCAGCCUUGUCGCCAUGGACGGCGCGUGCACCGUGGGCAUUUGGGCACCCGGCCCGUCUUGCUCCAAGACCAAGGACGAGUGCAUGUUUCAGUGUAACAACGAACACACAGCCGACGACUGCAAGGCCGAAAAGUGCUGCGUCAAGCAGUCGGAGCAGCAAGGCAUCGACUGCUGGAUGGUGUGCACGCUUCCCGCUCACGUGCAAAACGCCGGCCACCAAGGCACCGGCGCCAAGCCCGCAACCACAACCGCAACCUAACCCUAGUCCGAGCCCGCAACCUCAG